AUGGUUGCCUGCGAUGCUAUUGCUGGUGUCUGCUUGAUCACAGCGAGCACAGCAUCGGUGCCUUUCACCACGCACACAUCCUUCCAGCUCACCCAAUCAGCAUCACCCCACUCUUCCGCCACAGGUAUCCAGAUUCCAGACUUAUCUCACCAGAUUACAGGAUCGAUGCGUUACAGUGCCACAUUCAAAUUUAUCGUCGUCAAAGCGGCUCUGGAUGGAUUUUCACUAGUAGAAAUCAACGAACGACAUGGAUCGACUGUUAUGGUCUGUGAUCCAAAUACUUAUCAAGUUCGGGGUCGGCCUUUGGCUCUCAGCAAUGAGGAACGGACAUAUCUACGUGAAUUGAUUGCCGAAAACCCAGCUGUCUACCUCGAUGAAAUUCAAACUCGACUGUUGGAAGAGCACGGCACCCAUAUCUUGCUGCAGACGAUUUCAAACGAGUUACACCAACGGCUUCGUCUGAGCCGCAAAUCAAUCCGGAGAGUUCAUCCCAGCCAGAACAUCAAUCGGCGUAUGGAGUACAUCUUAAUGAUAGCUCACCACAACCCAUCAACCCUGGUAUUCACAGAUGAAUGCGGUAUCUGCCUUGAUGGCAUUGUUCGAACUAGAGGAUGGGCUCCUGUUGGUGAAAGGACAGCUCGCAUCCCGACCUCACGUGCCACACAUCGCUUCAAUGUGGUCCCAGCCAUUGGUUUAAAUGGACUGGUUGCUGUGUUAGUUCAGGAGGAGAAUAUGUAUUGGUUUGACUUCGAGUACUACUUGGAGAACAUCCUCCUCCCGAUGAUGCAUCCAUUUCCAGGACCUCAAAGUGUCCUGGUCUUGGACAACUCAUCUAUUCACCACGGUGGGCGGAUCAAUGCGAUAAUCGAGGCCAGAGGCUGCCUUCUCAUCUAUCUCCCAACCUACUCACCUGACCUGAACCCAAUCGAAAAGGGAUUUAGUGUUCUCAAGGCAAAUUUGAGACGGUACGGAGAGAUGCUUGGAGGAGCUGAUGAUAGAGAAGAGAUCGAGGCUUUUGCACACAUUGUUUUCACCCCCCAACUUGUUAGAAGUCUUUUCCGAGGGUCAGGAUACCUCGAUUAA